UUGCCUCCGCCGACCUGCGCCGUUAGCGGGUGGAACUGGCCGUCCAACGACUGAGCCGGACGGAUGGAUCUAGCGGUGGUAGGUGGUGCGCACGUGCGUGCGCGUCCGUUGACUCCAUCGGAAGUUCCCCUCCUCUCCUCGAGCCGGACGGAUGGAUUUAGCGGUGGCAGGUGGUGCGUGCGUGCGUGCGCGUCCGUUGACUUCAUCGGAAGUUCCCCCGUUGACGCCAUCGGAAGAUCCCAUCCUUACCUCACGCCCCCUUGACAUCCGACGCAUUCUACGAAAACAAUUCUAGCGGAGGAGGAGAAAUGGAGACCGGAAACGAUGGUGGGAGGCCAAAAGAUUUGGGAGGCUCCAUCCGAGUGGAGAAUGUCCAAGCUCUUGCCGACGGUGCCAACGACUUGGCGGCUGAGAUCCUCCACCGGUACAUUAGACCGGAGAUAAAUGGUGACACCUUCAAUGAUGGUGACUCGGAAGACAUCCCCAUCAUUGAUCUGAGCAGGCUCCGUGAUCCCCUGUUCGAGCAAGAAGAGACCUCCAGGCUCAAAUUUGCAUGUGAGGAGUGGGGAUUCUUCCAGGUGGUAAACCAUGGGAUACCUGGCGAAGUGAUUGAGAAAAUGAGGGCAGAUAUUGAGGAGUUCUUUCAGCUUCCUCUCGGAGAAAAGGAAGCAGUUGCACAGCUGCCAGGAGACCUCGAAGGCUACGGUCAAGCAUUUGUUGUGUCAGAUGAGCAAAAGCUUGACUGGAGUGAUAUGCUCUUCCUAUUUACUCAACCACCGCAUCUCAGGAACUUGAGAUUCUGGCCUGCUCAACCUUCUACAUUUCGGGAUACAGUGGACAGAUACUCAUCGGAGCUAACGAGAGUCGCCCACUGUCUCUUGGGAUUAAUGGCUAAGAACCUAGGAGUUGAUCCCCAAAAAUUUGUCAACAUAUUUAAGGAGUCACAAUCAAUGAGGAUCAAUUACUACCCACCAUGCCCCCAAGCUGACAAAGUACUGGGUCUCUCCCCACACUCCGAUGCUGUUGGCUUAACACUGCUCCUUCAAGUCAGUCAAGUGCAAGGAUUGCAGAUCAAGAGAAAUGGUGGAUGGCUCCCAAUCAAACCACUUCCUGGAGCUUUUGUCGUUAACAUUGGCGAUGUCAUUGAGAUCUUAAGCAAUGGGAAAUACAAGAGCAUUGAGCAUAGGGCCAUCAUAAACAAGGAGAAGGAACGCCUUUCAAUUGCUGCAUUCCACAAUCCCAUUUUUACCACAAUGGUAGGCCCACUUCCAGAGCUUGUCAAGGGGAGCAAGGAAUAUUACAAGACCUUGAGCUAUGAAAAUUUCUUGAAACACACAUUUUCUAGCAAACUUGAUGGGAAGAGUGUCAUCGACUGGGUGAAGUUGAAGCCGUAAAAGCUUUUUCAAGAUGUUAUAAUCUUAUGGAACAAAUAUUUUCUGUGUUCAUAUGUAAGAUUGUCAACUAGUAUAAGGUUGUCCAUGUAUUCGUUGCUUCUGAUCUCUAUCUAGGAGUAGGAGAGCACAAAUUGAAUGAUCCUUAUAAACAAAAUAAUCAGCAUUCUGUUACUCUGAGAG